GGGGGAGGCUGAGUGCGUGUGUGUGUGCGCAGGAGAGCAGGAGAGCGCAGAGUCCCGGUCGGUCCCGCGGUGGAGUUGUAGAGGAUGGAGGUCCGACCUGAGCGCUUUAAAGCAGCAGCGGCGAAAACACUUGGAAGGAUAAACCGGGUUCUGGAGAAGCGUCAGGAGAAUGGAGAGACGAUCGAGUUGUCGGCAGAAGGUCGUCCAGAGCUGCAGGAGGAGAAGGAGCUUCCCGUGGUGGACUGCACGUGUUUCGGUCUGCCGCGCCGCUACAUCAUCGCCAUAUUAUCAGGCCUGGGAUUCUGCAUCUCCUUCGGCAUCCGCUGUAAUCUGGGAGUAGCCGUCGUUAGCAUGGUGAACAACCACACCGUCUAUAGAGAAGGCAAGCCAUACCUUGUGAAAGCUCAGUUCACCUGGGACCCAGAGACUGUAGGAAUGAUUCAUGGCUCGUUUUUUUGGGGAUAUAUAGUCACUCAGAUUCCUGGAGGUUUCAUCUGUCAGAAAUUCGCCGCUAACAGGGUUUUUGGCUUUGCGGUCGUGGCUACGUCUGUCUUGAAUAUGAUGAUUCCCACAGCAGCACGGAUACACUUCGGCUGUGUGAUUUUUGUCCGGAUACUACAGGGACUGGUGGAGGGCGUAUCUUACCCAGCAUGCCACGGGAUCUGGGCGAAAUGGGCCCCGCCCCUAGAGAGAAGCCGAUUGGCCACAACAGCGUUCUGUGGUUCAUACGCAGGAGCUGUGAUAGCCAUGCCAUUAGCUGGAGUUCUGGUUCAGUACUCAGGCUGGUCCUCAGUCUUCUACGUAUACGGAAGCUUCGGGAUCUGCUGGUAUUUGUUCUGGAUUCUGGUGUCGUAUGAGAGUCCGGCGGCUCAUCCCACCAUCACCCCGGAGGAGAGGAAGUACAUCGAAGAUGCCAUCGGAGAAUCGGCUGGACUGAUGAACCCGGUGACGAAAUUCAACACUCCAUGGCGCCAGUUCUUCACAUCCAUGCCUGUUUACGCCAUCAUCGUGGCCAACUUCUGCAGGAGCUGGACGUUUUACCUGCUGCUCAUCAGUCAGCCGGCGUAUUUCGAGGAGGUGUUCAAGUUUGAGAUCAGCAAGGUUGGAAUCCUCUCUGCUCUUCCUCAUCUGGUGAUGACCAUCAUCGUGCCAAUCGGAGGACAGCUGGCCGACUACCUGAGGAGUCACAACAUCAUGACCACCACAAACGUCAGGAAACUCAUGAACUGUGGAGGUUUCGGGUUGGAGGCCACGUUUCUUCUGGUUGUGGGUUUCUCUCACACUAAGGGUGUCGCCAUCUCGUUUCUGGUGCUUGCUGUUGGAUUUAGUGGUUUUGCCAUCUCGGGGUUCAAUGUCAAUCAUCUGGACAUCGCUCCUCGUUACGCCAGUAUUCUGAUGGGCAUCUCUAAUGGUGUCGGGACGCUCUCUGGCAUGGUUUGUCCUCUGAUCGUCGGUGCCAUGACCAAAAACAAGACGCGGGAGGAGUGGCAGUAUGUGUUUCUCAUCGCAUCACUUGUUCAUUAUGGUGGAGUUAUCUUCUACGGUAUCUUCGCAUCAGGAGAGAAGCAGUCGUGGGCGGAGCCAGAGAACAUGAGCGAGGACAAAUGUGGGAUAUUAGGAGAAGAUGAGCUGGCGAAUGAAACGGAAGAGCUGUACCACUCAACGGGUGGCGGCUACGGGGCAACCAUCCAAUCAGGUGACCCCAAUGGGGCGGGGACCGGAGGGGGCGGAGCUGGUGGAAGCUGGGCCUCAGACUGGGACAAAACGGAGGAAUACGUCCAACCUGUGGGAACGAACAGCUUCCUGUACGGAGGAGAGGGCAAUGAGCGAAUGAUUGUGAGGCUCAGAGAUCAAGAGUAAAGCUGGAUGGGAACGGGAGGGUGGAAAACAAGGACUGAAUAUUCCUCCCAUACAGAAACUGACUGGGAUGGAGGAAGUGGUUUUGACCCAAACUAGAAAAAAUAACAUAAUUAACAUCAGAUCUUUCUCAGAAGUGUGAGUCGGAGUGUGUAUGUGUCUGUUUUGAGUGCAUGUGGACAAAUGUUUGAAGGUACAAAACAUAAUUUUAGUCACUGGGUCCAAACUUUUGACUCCCUGGUCGUGUAUUUUAGCAAUUAAACUGAUCAUCAAGAGUGCAGCAGUAUUGCUGUUAUGAAAUAUUACUGCCAUUCUCCCUAAAUUGUGACAAGACUGUAAAAGGUGAUUUUUACAAAUGAAAUCCUACUAAAGUAUAAUUCCAUUUAAAAAAACGAAACUAAACCAGAUUUAGGGAAUUGAUCUCAUGUGCCAAUACUGUGAGGUGUGUGUAGUAUUGGUCCCUUUUCAAUGAGAAUCUCAUAGAUAAAUACAUUUUUAAAGACUAGCAAUAUCAACUAUUUGGAUGAGCUUAUAGAAGCACUGACAUAGUUUUUGAUGGCAAAUUCUCUUUAAACAUAAUUUUUUUUUAAAUCUUUUAUUUAUAUUUGUAUGUAUUUAAUUCAUAACCACAUAGUAAAGUAUAGAAUAUUCAGCGUUCAAUAAAAGUUCAUCUCUAUCAACACCAUUUGUGGCACAGAAAAUUAUUUUUCCCUUUGUGUAGCUGCAAUUUUCCUUUUACUUUUGCUGGGGAAAUUAUUUUCUGUGGCAAUCAGCAUUAUCCCACAAAUGCUGACAAUAGAUCUUCGUUUUUAUUGAAACUGAAACAUUUCUUUGAUUUGUAAUUUGUUUAAUUAAAAAUCAUGUCCAGCCUUUCAUGUAAAAACAUGUAAAUUUUUUUGUUCCAAGUCCUACAAAAACAAUGCCAAGCGCUGGCUGUUUGUGUGAAGGGCUUCCACUCAACCUGAACAACAUGAUAUUGAAAGAUCACUAGUAGAAACGCUAUUUCUGUUUCACCGUUUUGCUGUUUAAUUUCACAUAUAGAUGAAAACAGAACCAUAAAAUGCUGGUUGAGAAGAUGAGAUGAGCCUGCAGGUUAGUUGCUGUUAUGGUUGAACAGAAAUAACACAGUUUAAACUCAGAUGUUAUAUCAGCACUUUCUCUCUCUCCAGCAUGACACUUGACAUUUUCAAUAUACUCUCAUGCACUCCUCAGCAUCUUAAAGAGGUAGUUCACACAAAAAUGAAAGUUUUGUCAUCAUUUGUUCACCCUCGUGUCGCCCCAAACCUAUAUAGCUUUAUUCAUUCUGUGUAAGAAUCUGUGGAACUUAAAACAAAACGUGAUUUCUUUCCCAGUAAUU